CUUUUUUCUCAAUGUAUACACGUAUAAUUUACAUUAUAUUUAAAAAAGAAAUAAUAUCCAAUAAAUUCAAGCUCUUUUUUAUUAAAUUGUUAAUUGUAUAAAUAAUUGUGGCUACUACACAAUUAAACUUGUUACUAAUGUAUUUUUUUAUUUAAAGUAUCUACUACAGACAGCACCAUGUCCAAAAUCAGGUCAUCUAAAAAAUAUCUUUCAGAUAUUCUUAAAUCGUCUUGUGUCCUUUAUCUUGAAUAUGCGUGCGCUGUCUGAGUACCUAAUAAAUAUCGCAAUGGUUUACUCAUCAUAAUAAAUAAAUUAUAAUUAUUUAUAAUUAGUAACAAUUUUUAUUAGUAAAAAUAAAAUAUCCUUUUGUAUACUUAGAACAGUGAAAGUAAAUUUCUCUUUAUGAUCAAUUCAAAAUAUAAAUACAAACUUACUGGGCCUAAAAUGUUCUCGAUUAUUUUAAUCGAAAACAUUUUAUGUCCAUUUUCAACUAAUAAAUUAACUUUGAUCUCAAUUUAACUUAUUCUUUUUCUAAUUCUUAACUAUAGUGUAAUCCCAUGCUCCCUUAUAGGAACAAUAAUAAUGUACAAUUAAAACUGAGAUAAAAAGUUCACAAAAAAUUAGCAUAGCUAGCAAAUGAGCAUAGCAGUUCUAAUACUCUUUUAUUAAAUUUCUUUGAAUCGGUUUUAUACAAUUAAAAAUUGUUUACAAGAUCAAAAUUUGCACAAAAAUGAAGAAAGCAAAGAGAGAUUUUAUGUCAAUAACAAAAACAUUGACACUUAAAAAUUAAAAAAAAACUGUUUAUUAAUUUAAUUUAAUUGUAUAUAUUGCUUCCCAGAUAGCCAAAUGUCUUGAUGUUGCAGUUAUGUUGCCAAAAAUCGUUGUAGUAACUAAUUUAGACUCGGAACAAGGUAAGACAGCAUUGUCUGUUAGGUUGAAUUCAUAUGAAUUCUAUUUUUAACAAUGCAAAUUGAUAGUAAGAUGUCAGCGUUAAUUUAUUAUCAAUUAUUUGUUGUUGCCAUGUUGCUGUUAUAUCGCAAACAGUAUAAUGUAUUAUUAUUGCUGACCGUUUUCUUUUUUUAAAUGUCUUCAACCGAUUGCACAUAUAAGUAAUCAUUUUGCUGAAUUCGUUAUGUAUUUUAUUUCGAUGUCAACAAAUGUAUAGCAAAUCUAUAACAACACAUGCAAUGCAUUAUAUAGUUUGCUCAAAAUACUAUGUCAUGCUUGGUUAUCUGGGUUUCUUUAUUUUUAUGCAUACUUUGACUGUGUAAAAGAAUUUAAAAUUCUAUAAAACCAAUUCAAAGAUAUUUUCUAAUAAAAAAUGUUGAUGAUUAACUUUAGGAUCUUCUUAAUUGCAUCCCUAAUCUAGAUAUUUUCUAAUAAAAAAUGUUGGUGAUUAGCUUUAGGAUUUCCUUUUGCAUCCUUAAUCUAUAUUGAUGUAAGUAAUAAAAAUUAGGCUCAAGUUUCCCCAUUUAAUUUAAAAUACAUACUUAUUUAACUAAUCAUAUCAAUAGAAUAAUUUGUUUUAUAUAAAAAAAAACCUUCGGUUAAACUAAUUGUAAGUUCUGGAAUUUAGCAAAAACUAUACAAAAAAAAUUAUAGUAGAAUAAAUUUUGUUGAUAAAUACGCAAAUUAUAGUGUCUAUAUAUUAUCUACUCUCAAUUGACUUUACAUCUCGUAUAUCUGGGGUAUAAUUGAUAAAUUUGUAACAGUCGAUAAAAUAAUGUGCCGACUAUACAAUUGUCACCGUCGAUAAGAGCGAUUUCUCAUUCGUAUUUGAUAAUAUUUAGAGGUUAUGUUAUUAAACAGAACGAUGUGUCAAAAUGGCCGAUCUCAAUAAAGAGCUGAACGAGUAUCUCCUCAGUAGUAAAAAUGAAAAGCAAUAUAAAAUCGCCAUUCCAUCGGUAACGAUAUCGAAAACAAACUUUGGAAAAUGGUUCGGAAAAAGUACUAACGAAACGGAGGAGGACGUAGGAUGGGUUCAAAGAUCGCAGAGAGAAUGUUGUCCUGCUAUGACGAGAACACAUAGACUCAUAUCCUUUGCUGUGUGUUUUCUUCUGGGACUAUUAUGCUUCUGUCUAUCAGCAAUGUAUUUUCCCGUUUUAUUACUUAAAGCAAGAAAAUUUGCUAUGCUUUAUUCCUUAGGAAGUCUCUUCUUUUUGAUGAGCUUUUACUUUUUAUGGGGAUCAAGUUAUAUGAAGUCAUUAUUUCUAGCUGAGAAGAAAUACUUUACCAUGUUGUACUUUGCAACAUUAAUAGGCACGCUCUAUUCUGCUCUGCAUUUGCAGUCGACUCCUUUGACAGUAUUGUGCUCUAUUUUCCAGUUAAUAGCUAUGUUAUCCUUUCUAAUAAGUCACAUACCAGGAGGUACAACUGGUCUCAUGUUCUUUACGAGAAUGUUCCGAUCAUCUGUAAAAUCAAGUUUACCUGUGUAAUGAUAUUAUUAUGCUUAGGACAUUUUUUAACAUUUUCUAAUAAAAACAGCAAUAUUCAAUCUCUUGCAAAAAUUUUUUAAAGUCAAAGUUCAUAUUAAAAAGAAAUGAAGCUAUCAAAUAGAUUAUUAUAAACUCUAAUUACCAUUAAUGCUCAUGUUAAAAAGAAAUAAGGUAUUGAAUGGUCAGUAAUUUAAAAUCUAUUUACCUUUAUUAAAAUUAGUACAAGAAAGACUGAAUCCACACAAUAUAUUGUUUGAUAUAUACAAUAUAGAAUUUAUUAUAUGCUAAUCUGAUAUCAUGCAAUUGUAAAAAUAUAGUAACUAUUUUUGUUAAUGUUUUUUAUUACUCGAAAUCAACUGAAUUGUAUUAUUUAUAUUAGUAAAUACAAUUCUAUUUACUAGUAUAAGUAUUUAUUUAAUUAAUAGUGCAAAAAGGGUUAAUUCUUGUAUAUAAUGUGUAAUAAAAAAAUAUAAAAAUAUAAAAAAAUAUAAUUAUAUAUUUA